AUGAAGCAAUACUUGACUAAUACUCGCGUCUCCAAGAGUGCACCGGACAAAACACCUUCACUGAUAACCCAUGGCCCAAGCUCUCGCAGGCUUAGCAAGAUGAGAGCUUCGGAGCACUCUCAAGCCUCUCAAGCCUCAUCAUCGUCGUCAACUUCUCGCUUUCGAUUAUCCCGAAUUGGCUCUCAGGCCUCGUCAGCUAUCCGUCUCAACUCAGCGGAGGCUUACCCACCGUCGCCACCAUUGCCAAUACCUCAAGCUAUAUCGAGCCAUGAUUACCCAACGCCUAUUGAUAAGGUCUAUAUGAAGGGCGUAACGUUUGACGUCAACUUCAACCACGUCUAUACCAAGGGUGAAUGUCUCCAGCCAUCCCAAUUAUGUUACGCUGUUAGGCACAAGUCAACUCUGUCAGGAGGCCGAGCACUCUCAAAAUGUCUGAAGUCUGACGCAAAAGCUAUUAUCAACGGCACAUCUCACAUACUCUCUCACAUCCGCAAGAAGCACUCUAUCGAUCCAUCCACCGGCAGCCAUAUACCCAGUACCCCUGUCAACCUCCCGCUGUCUUUCUUCACGGCCGCUGCGCACGUCCCUGGCUCAUCAAAGUCGACGUCACAUAUGCCUUGGGAGGCAGAUCAGUUUCAAAACUCCGUUGUGGAUUGGACGAUUAUGAGAGACUUGAGCUUUGGAGAUGUCACGUGCCCAUCCACAAGAGGCUUGUUGACCUGGAACCGUAUAAACUUACUCUACGCCUUGCCCGAUUUGUCAACAACCCUCUCCAAUUAUACCAAAAAGCACUACAUCAAACGCAAGUCUGAGAUCUAUAGGCUUAUCCAACCUGCUCCUGGCUAG